AUGAGUUCAUAUACUGAAUCAGAAUCUGAAGAAAUUCGUAGUGGGCAACGUGACGCCGAUGCAUUUUUACCAAACUCACCUGAAGAGCCGUCAUGGGCCAAUGAUGUGUCUGAGCCAUACUCUCCGAUAAAUCAGCAAGACGAGUAUGGAUUCCAACAAAAUUAUAAUCCCAGACAAAGUGUUCCUGCAAGGACGAUAGCGCUAGUGCAAAAUCCAAUGGUAGACUUAGUGCAAGAAUUACUUAAUCGUCUUGAUCAUCCACCAUAA